AUGGCCUUGUUGUUGGCCGUGUGGGAAGCGUGUCGUCUCCAGCUGUCAGUGCAUGAGAAGAACAAAACAGAUCCCAAGUUGGGGGUGCCAGCGCGUCUGGUCCAGACGAAAGGGCGUGCCCUCAUGAAAGCCGCAGUCGAGACGUCACAUGGCGCCUUGAGCGAUGCCGGAGUCCCCAGCAAAUCUCUCUUGGGCCAGAAGUUGGAGCAGGUCGAGGAUAAUUCCCCUCAGGCAGAAGAUCUUCGCGAUGUCACCAGUGUUGAAGAUGCCGCCACCGAGGCAUACUCUGCAGUGAUUGACCCAGUGUCAGCAGUGCUUCGCAUCAAGCCCGGCAAGACGAUGACCACUCCUCCUUGCAACCCAGAGGUGCUUCGCAUGCGGCAUCGCCGCAUUGGCUUGGCCUGGGAGAUGGUGCGGAGCAAGCAUGGGAGGCGGUCAUGGCUGCCAGAGCGAUGCACUGAUGCCUUUCAGAAGCUUUCUGACCAUGUUCUCCGCGAUAAGGUUGCUGGUUUCCAAGCAGCAGAUGGUCGGUUUCCCACUUGGAGCGCAGUCCUGGUGUAUGAGGCGGAGCUCCGCAAGCAUGCAUAG